GGGAGAGCCCUGAGCACUGUGCCUGAGUGAAGCAAGGCUGCGCGGAUGACCCACUAUGGACAGCUACACAGUCCUGAGAGUGAUCGGGGAUGGCUCCUUCGGCAGAGUCCUCUUGGUUCGGCAGGAAAGCAGUACUCAGAUGUGUGCCAUGAAGGAAAUCAGACUUCCCAAGUCUUUCUCUGAUACAGAGAAUUCUAGGAAGGAGGCUAUUCUGCUGGCCAGAAUGAAACACCCUAAUGUUGUUGCUUUUAAAGAAUCAUUUGAAGCUGAAGGACACCUGUAUAUUGUGAUGGAGUAUUGUGAUGGAGGAGAUCUAAUGCAGAAGAUUAAACAUCAGAAAGGACAGUUAUUUCCUGAAGAUGUGAUACUUAACUGGUUUACACAGAUGUGCCUUGGAGUGAACCACAUCCACAAGAAACGUGUAUUACACAGAGACAUCAAGUCCAAGAAUAUCUUUCUUACCCAAAGUGGGAAAAUAAAACUGGGAGAUUUUGGAUCUGCCCGUCUUCUCUCCAAUCCCAUGGCAUUUGCUUGUACAUAUGUGGGAACACCUUAUUAUGUGCCCCCAGAAAUUUGGGAGAACCUGCCUUAUAACAAUAAGAGUGACAUCUGGUCCAUGGGAUGUAUUCUGUAUGAACUAUGUACUCUUAAGCAUCCAUUUCAGGCUAAUAGUUGGAAAAGUCUUAUCCUCAAAAUCUGUCAGGGGUCUAUAAGCCCACUGCCCUCUCAUUAUUCCUAUGAGCUUCAGCAGCUCCUCAAGCAGAUGUUUAAGAAGAACCCCUCCCAUCGCCCUUCAACCACCACACUUCUUGCUAGAGGCACAGUAUCUCGGUUUAUCCGGAAAUGCUUACCCCCAGAGAUUAUCAAAGAAUAUGGUGAGCAGAUAUUGGAAGAAACAAAAAAAUCUAAGCAUAAUAUUCCAAAAAAAAAGGCAGACCCUGGCAGACUCAGGAGAGCCUUGGACGAGGAGGUGGGUCUAAUGCAAGGAGAAGAACAAGGGAGAAAGUGUAGCCACACUGAGUUAGAAAGCAUCAAUAAAAAUUUGGUUGAAAAUGCAUUGCAGAGAAUAAACAGAGAAGAGAAAGAUGAUAAAUCAGCACCUUCAAGGAAAACCAAUUCAACAAGUCCUCUCAGGCGACAAUGGGGAAAAGAUGCAUCUAAUACCACUCUGACAGCUUUGGAGAAUGCAUCCAUACUCACCUCCAGUUUAAAGGCAGGUGAUGAUGGAGGUGGCUCUGUAAUAAAGUACAGUGAAAACAAUACCCGUAAGCAGUGGCUCAAAGAGACUCCUGAAACCUUGUUGAAUAUCCUUAAGAAUGCUGAUCUCAGCUUGGCAUUUCAGACAUAUACAAUCUACAGACCAGGUACUGAAGGGUUCUUAAAAGGGCCCCUCUCUGAAGAGAUGGAAGAGUCGGACAGUGUUGAUGGAGAUCAAGAUGUUGUCACUUUGGAUCCAGAGAGACUUGAACCUAGACUAGAUGAGGAGGACACGGAUUUUGAAGAUGAUGAUGACAACUAUGAUUGGGUGUCAGAGCUUAAGCUGCGAAGUGGAUGGAAAGAAGUGUCUGAUGGCUAAUUUCAAAGAUCUGUUCCCUAGUCACAUUGAAUAUAUGUUUAAACUGAAGAAUUAAUGUUUGGUUAAUACUUAGCUAGUAGGAUGUAUGUUAAAAACAAGAUGAAAGGACAGGAAUCAAUA